AUACUGUUUAUCCUGGAAAAAUCAUGUCGCGGGAUCCUACUCGACCAAAUGUUGUGCUCGCGCUGGCCGACAACCUCGGCUGGGGAGAGCUGGGAUGUUACGGCGGAGGCGUCCUGCGUGGAGCUGCGACACCAAGGAUCGACAAGCUCUCUACCGAAGGCCUCUUGUUGCACAACUUCAAUGUUGAAAGCGACUGCGUACCGACGCGAUCUGCCCUCAUGACGGGACGACACCCAAUUCGCACAGGUUGCCAGCAAUCUGUCCCCGCCGGUUUCCCGCAGGGUCUGACGGAAUGGGAAAAGACGCUCGGGGAAUGCCUCAAGGUCAACGGCUAUGCGACGGCACAUCAUGGGAAAUGGCAUCUCGGGGAUAUUCCUGGCCGGUAUCCGUCAGACCGGGGCUUUGACGAGUGGUUCGGAAUCCCGAGGACCACGGAUGAGACGCAGUUUACAUCUGCCAUUGGCUACACUCCAGAGGUUGCCGAGCUGCCGUAUAUCAUGAAAGGCAUCGCUGGCCAAGAAUCUGAAAACGUUUGUGUUUAUGAUCUGGAAAAGCGGAGGUUGAUUGAUGAGAUGCUGGUCGAGCGAUCCAAAGACUGGCUCACACGGCAGGUUGAGCAAGAGAAGGCCUUUUUCCUCUACCAUCCCCUCGUCCAUCUUCACUUUCCAACCCUUCCCCACAAAGACUUUGCGGGGACAACUGGCCAAGGCGAUUUUGCCGACUCCAUGGCGGAAAUGGACCACCGCGUGGGAGAGCUCAUCGAUCACCUCGACCUGCUAGGAAUCCGAGACAAUACCGUCUUCAUCUUUGCCUCGGACAAUGGCCCUGAGUUUCGAGAGCCGUAUCGAGGAACGGCCGGCCCUUGGUCUGGAACCUACCACACGGCUAUGGAGGGCAGCUUGCGCGUGCCGUUCAUCAUCCGAUGGCCUGGAUUAGUUCCCGAGGGCGUCACGUCAAAUGAGAUUGUGCACGUCACAGACAUUUUUACAACAAUCCUAUCAAUGACCGGUUCGCUACUGCCAUCAGAUCGCCCCAUCGAUGGAAUCGACCAAACCGAAUUCUUCAAGAAUCCAAAAGACAAGAAAUCCGAAAGAACAGGAUUCCUCUUCUACAUCAAAGAGGAGCUGCGUGCGAUAAAAUGGAAGGACUGGAAACUGCACUUGGUAUGGGAGCCGAAAGUCAACCAGUCGUCUGGGCGGUUGGAGAGUCCGUAUCUCUUUAACACGGUUCGAGAUCCCAAGGAAGAGUCGGAUAUUCUGGCCUUCAAUACUUGGGUUAUGCAACCGAUGACGAAGCUCAGGACCGAGUUUUUGAAGAGUCUCAGGUACGAUCCUGCACCGCCAGAUCCAUUAAAGGAGAUUUAA